UAUCAGGUUGGCCAAGCUUGAAAAAGAAGUUUACUAUGCUGUAGUAUAAAUACAUAUCAAUUAUUUUGGUAUAUAUCAAAGUGCAAAAAAGUAUUAAAUAAUUAAAAUAAAUAGAUAUAAUCAUUGUAAGUCCUUUAUAAAGAUAACUAAUCAAUAACACAAUCAAAAUGGGUAAACGUCAGCAUCAAAAAGAUAAGAUGUAUUUAACAUAUACAGAAUGGACAACAUUAUAUGGUGGAAAAAAAUCUGGAAGUUCUGAAGUAACUGAAGAUACAACAUUUCGUCGCUUGCCUUAUGACCAUUGUUGUUUAACUUUACAACCUUUCCAGCACCCUUAUUGUGAUCCACAAGGAAAUAUUUUUGAAUUAGAAGCAAUAUUAGAAUAUAUAAAAAAACUUAAGCAUAAUCCAGUUACAGGAAAGCCAUUAGACACAAAAACUUUAAUAAAACUUAAUUUUCAUAAGAAUUCAGAAGGACAAUAUCAUUGUCCAGUUCUUUUCAAAUUAUUCACUAAACACUCUCAUAUUAUUGCUAUCAAAACAACUGGAAAUGUAUUUUCAUAUGAGGCAAUAGAGCAGUUGAAUAUAAAGGCACGUAAUUGGAAAGAUUUAAUAAACGAUCAACCUUUUACAAGGAAGGACAUUAUCAUAAUACAAGAUCCAAACAAUGCAAUGAAAUUCAAUUUAUCUACAUUCCAUCAUAUUAAAAAUAAUAUAAAACUUGAAGAUGAAGAAAUGAUAAGGGAACGUAAUGACCCAAAUGCAAAAUUGAAAACUGUAUCUAUGGAAACUAAAGAAAUAUUAGCUGAAUUAGAGAGAGAUUAUAAACAGACUGAGACUAAAAAAGAAAUCUCUAAACCAAAAGCAGACAAAUUUAAUGCGGCACAUUACUCCACUGGUGCGGUUGCAGCUGGCUUUACAUCAACAGUAAUGCCAACAGAAACUACACAUCAAGCGGCAGUUAUUGCAGAAGAUUUAGUACGAUAUGAAAGAGUUCGAAAGAAAGGAUAUGUAAGAUUAGUCAUGAAUUUUGGUGCUUUAAAUUUGGAACUGCAUUGUGAUCUUGUACCAAAAACUUGUGAAAAUUUUAUAAAACACUGUCAGAAUGGUUACUAUGAUGGAACAAAGUUUCAUAGAUCUAUACGAAAUUUUAUGAUACAAGGAGGUGAUCCUACAAAUACUGGUAAUGGAGGAACAUCUAUUUGGGGUAAAACAUUUGAAGAUGAAUUCAAACCAAAUUUAGUUCAUCAAGGAAGAGGAAUUUUAUCAAUGGCAAAUGCUGGAUCAAACACAAAUGGAUCGCAAUUUUUCAUUACGUUCCGAUCGUGUAGACAUUUAGAUCGCAAACAUACAGUUUUUGGAAAAAUAGUAGGUGGAUUAGAAACGUUAAAUGCCAUUGAAAAAAUUGAAGUAGAUAACAAAGACAGACCAAUAGAAGAUAUAAUAAUACAAAAAGCACAAGUGUUCGUUGAUCCUUUUCAAGAAGCAGAUGAACAAUUAGCUGCAGAACGUGCAGCCGAAAUUGAACGAUUGGCUCAAGAAGCUGCAAAAAAUAAAUCAGAUAAUGAAGUAGGAAAGAAUGACGCGUUAAAAGUAUAUCGAUCAGGCGUAGGAAAAUACAUAAAACCGAACAAAGAAGAAGACAAGAUGAAGAAAGAGGAAUCAAGUAUACCACCCAUAAUUAAAAAGAGAAAAAUCGUAACAAACGCAUUUGGUGAUUUUUCGUCUUGGUAGCUAUAUAAAUUAUGAAGAAAGUAUGUAACAAGUAUAGGUUAUUUGAAAUUCAAUAGUGUAGAUUUUAAUUUAACUUCAUACUCUAUAAAUGUAAAUAAUUUUUAUGACUAUAAGAAAUUAAACCAUAAUCUAUA